AUGUUUUCACGUACAAAAGUAGCAGCAACAGCAACAAAAGGAUCGACUGUGCAGAAAGAGCAGCGGCUUAUGAUUUCGGGUCGAACAAAAGCUAUAGCAUCGUUUGGUCAACAAAGAAUUUGGUUUCAUGAACAACUAUACUUUCAUGCUUCUGAUCUAUCCGUCUAUAAUAUUGUAGUUCCAUUAAUAAUCAAACAAGGUUCACUCUCAAUUGAACGUCUACGCUCGGCCUUACGGUCAGUAAUUGAACAACAUACGAUUCUCCGUACCGCUGUUCGCUUUAAUCCAGCAACUAAUCAGGUUGAACAAUAUAUUCAACCUGUUACUGAUGAUAUUUACUUAUUCCAACAUUCACGAGGAAUAUCGACAGCGGAACAACUGAAUAAUCUAUUAACGGAUGAAUCCAUUAGGAAACACUUUGAUGUGGAGACGGGAAGAGUCGUAAAAUGCCAUGUCGUGGAGCGCGGUGAUGAAAGUGAUGGUCAUUCAUUACAUGAAAAUGACCUCAUUGUUUUUACUAUCCAUCACAUAGCAUUUGAUCUCACCUCAAGCAAAUCAUUCGUUAAAGCAUUUGAGCGCGCAUAUUGGAUUAAUGCACAUCAUCAUUCAACAUUAUUGACUCAGCAAUAUAUAGACUUUGCUCAGUAUGAACAGGCAAUGCUAGUUGAUAUGAAUCCAAAUUCAAAAACGAACAAGGCACGUCGAUUUUGGUCCGAUCUUAUGGAUGGUUAUGAUUGGAAUCGCAUACGAGCCUUUGUGUCUACUGAAAUUAGAUAUAACCAAACUCGUUCUGGCCGUGGUUAUUCGACUGUAUUUGUCUUCGAUCAACGUGUUGUCGACAACAUGAUGAUGUUUGCUUCAUCCAAUAACAUUACUAUGUUUUCGCUGUCAUUCGCCUCCUUCUAUGCAUUCUUAUUCAAGUUACUCAAAAAUGAAGAGGACUUAUGCGUAGCAAGUGUUGUAGCUAAUCGUUUUAAUCAAGAAACAAAAGAAAUGAUCGGCAUGUUUGUUAAUAUUCUACCAUAUCGAAUACAAAUUGAGCCAAAUAAAUCAUUUAAUCAUUUCGUGCGAAAAGUGCAACAACUAAGUACUGAUAUUCUGGAACAUGCGUCUCUACCAUACCAAGAGAUCAUUGGUCUACACGAUAAACAAAAACAUCGGCGAUUGCCAUCAACAUUCUUUGAAUAUGUCUCUUUAAUGUCAUCUAUGACACAAAAAACUACAGUGGAAUCAACUGUAGAUAAAGAUUUAGUUCUUGGUAUAUACUAUGAUCGGGAUCGAAGUCGCGGUAAUGGAUUAGCUAUAUUCGAUAUGUCUGUCACAAUAGCACAUGAUCAUCAUGCACGAACUACAGAAUGUGUUAUUGAUUGUGCAGUUGAAAUAUUCCAAAGUCAAGCUAUUGUUAAUGAAGUUGCAAACCGUUUUCAACAUAUGCUUACACAACUCUUUUGUUCUUUCAUGAUCGAUGAACCUAUCUAUAAUCUAUCCAUUGUUUCUUCAAACGAGGAAAAUCUUAUUCAUCAAUUCGACAAUAAACAUAUAGAUUCGUCCAACUCAUGCACAUCUACCAUUCAGGAAUGCUCAACUAUCGAAAAUCAAGUGUCAAUGAUUGAUGCAAGUUUAUUUUGGUUUGAUAUUCUUCGUGAUUGUAAACUUAAUCAAUCAUUAUCAUUACCAUACGAUCGAAAUCGUCUUAUGAAUCAACAUCCAACUGAUCAGACAAUAUCAGUCUCUUUUGAUUUCGGCCAAGAUCUUUCCCAUCAGUUUAUCACCUAUGUAUCAUCAAAUAAUAUCAAACAUGAACAUCUAGCAUUUGCUACUUACUUUAUCUUCUUAUUCAAAUUAACGAAUGGUGAAAAAGAUUUAUGCAUUUCGAUGAAUAUCUACAAUCGUUAUAAACAUGAACUAAAAUCUAAAAUUGGAUUAUUCGAGAAUAUCAUUCCAUUACGAUGUCAACUAGAUCCUUAUUGGUCUUUCCAGCAACUACUUGAGCACGUAGAAGAGACAACAAUGAAGAGUUUAAAAUAUUCUUACUUUCCUCUUCAACGUAUUCUCAGUCAACAUCCAAAUGUUUCAAAACCAGCAUUUCUUGAUAUAUCAUUUGAGUUUAUAUCAUCAAUGACAAAAGAUGAGAAAAAUAAAAUAAUGACUGGUGAUAGUCAACUUUCUUCCAUACCUUCCACGAUGAACAUUAAUGAUAAUGAGAUUAGAAAUAAGUAUGAUUUCUCACUUCUAAUCGAACAUGAUCUCAAUAUCAAUCAAAUCUCAUGUACAAUCAAUGCAUCACUUGAUUUAUUCAAUGUAGAAACAAUCAACAAAAUAUCUCAACGAUUUCAUUCAAUCUUGAAACAAUUAUUUAUAUCUGUUGAUGAUAAAAUGAUUAAACCAAUCUAUGAAAUAUCAUUAACAUUAUCAAGUGAGAGAUUACUCAUGCAAUCAGUGAACAAUACACAGGUCUCAUUUCCAUCUUCUCUUACUUGUAUUCAUCAUGGAUUUGUUUAUCAAGUAAUGAAACAUCCACAAAAACUAGCUGUUGAACUCGAUGAACAAUCUUUGACAUAUUGUGAACUUCUAUAUUAUGUUCAAGUGUUAUCUUUAACUCUUCUUAAUGAGUAUCUUAUCACUCCAGGUGAAAUCAUUUGUCAAUGUGUAGAGCGGAGUGUGUCAAUGGUAAUUGGUAUAAUGGCAAUUGAAGUGACAGGUGGUGUUUAUUGUCCAUUAUCACCGCGAGAUCCCAAACAUCGUUUGGAUGCUCUUAUACAACAGACACAAAGUCGUUUUGUUCUUGCUCAUCAGUUAACUAAGACCAAACUCGAUGGUAAUAUUGUUUUACUUAGUAUUGAUUCAAUAUUAAUGAGCUAUGCCACUGAAUGUGUUAUUGAUGUGACUCGGCUAUCGAAAGUUACAACAGCUGCAGAAGAUGUCGCGUACAUUAUUUUUACAAGUGGUUCUACUGGGACACCAAAAGCACCUGCAGCGAUCCGAGAAGAAGGAGAAUUGUUUAUAGGUGGAGUGGGUGUAUUUGCCGGUUAUCUUGGUCGUGAUGAUUUAACUGCUAAAGUUCUUCUUGAAAUAGAUGGUAAACUAUUUUAUCGGUCAGGUGAUCUUGUUAGAAUGGAUAACAAUGGUCUUCUUCAUUAUCAAGGAAGAAAAGAUCAUCAAAUCAAACUACAUGGACAACGAAUUGAACUUGGUGAAAUCGAACGAUGUUUACUUGACAUUACAUCCAUCUCUACUUGUGUUGUUAUGAAAUGGAAUGAUGAUUAUUUAGUUGCUUAUGUUCAAUCUUCUUU